CUCUAAAGAGGACGCCAUGGAUUCGGAUCAUAUAAACUGGUCCAUCGCUAACCCGAGCACUCCCUCGCAGUACUUCCAUCUGCUUCGGCGCCAAAUGAUCCGCAAUUACCGCAAACCGUUGAUCGCCGUCACACCGAAGAUACUUCUGCGGCACCCGUCCUGUGUGUCCGGCAUUUCCGAGUUGACGGACGGCUCGUCCUUCCAACCAGUAUUAAGUGAUCAGUCGGUGACUAACGAUAAUGAUGUGAAGACAGUGGUGUUGUGUUCGGGAAAACAUUUCUAUACAUUGAGUAAAGAGAGAGACGAGAAAAAUGCGAAACAAAUCGCUUUAAUACGUUUGGAGGAGUUGUGUCCCUUUCCGGCCACUGACAUAUCCGCACAACUGUCCAAAUAUAAGUCGGCAAAAGAAUUCGUAUGGAGUCAAGAGGAGCACCAGAAUAUGGGCGCCUGGAGUUAUGUGAGGCCU